UACCGCUUGGCUUGACCGGGCAAAAUGAAGGUCUUGAAAUUUGCUGCUUUUGCACUACUAUUUGUGCUGAUAAGCGAUGUAUCGGCAGACGGCAAAACUAGAAAACAUAAGAAAUAUAGAAGACCACGUCCGCAACCAACCGAAAGUUCAGCAGAAGUAGCUCAAAAUGAACCGAAGCUAUCCGAAUCUCUGCCUCCUAUGGCUGCAGGACUUGAUAUGAUAGAUAAUCGGGUACCGGUUACCGACCCCUGCCUGGAUGUGCAAUGCGGUGCUGGUAUGGUUUGCGAGCUAGACAAAGAAGGCGAAGCACAAUGCGUUUGCAUCGCGUCUUGCCCUGAAGAAACCGAAUCCAGACGCAAAGUUUGUUCCAACUUGAAUGAAACUUGGCCAUCGGAUUGUGCUGUUUACCAACAAAGAUGUUUGUGUCGUAACAAUGAUCCUAAAUGCAAGGGAGACAAAUACAAGCACAUUCAUAUCGAGUACUACGGUACAUGUAGAGAAAUGCCAGAAUGUAAAACCAGUGAAAUGGCUGAUUUUCCAAGACGUAUGCGCGAUUGGCUCUUCAACGUGAUGCGUGAUUUGGCUGAUAGACGCGAGCUCUCUCCCCACUACUUGGAAAUGGAAAAAGAUGCCGAAUCCAACAUGACCAGAAGAUGGACCAACGCUGCUAUUUGGAAGUUCUGUGACUUAGAUGGACAUCCACCCGACAGAUUUGUGUCUCGUCAUGAACUUUUCCCAAUUCGUGCCCCCUUAAUGGCUUUGGAACACUGUAUUUCUCCAUUCCUUAACUCCUGCGAUACUGAUGAUGACCACAAGAUUACCAUCAAAGAAUGGGCCAAGUGUUUGGAACUGGACGAGGAUGACAUUGAGGAUAAAUGUGACGACUUGGCUAGUGCUGAAGCUGAAUAGAUUUGCAAUGAAGAUGGAAAGCGAAUCAAAGUUUUAAUUUUAGGAACUACUGCUAAUGCUACGACGGCUUUUUAAAGCUGAAUGCAGAAUAACAUGGUGCUAAUCCUAUUUAGAUUGUAACUGCUGCUUUAGGGACAUUUAAUAUCUAUUAAAUGUAGUGGUUAGAUUGUAAUUAAUUUUUUGAUAUCAACUAAGUUUACCUACUUAAUGUUGCAUUCUUGUUACUUUACAUACUUACAUACACACUGCCCUAUUAUAUUACUGUAUAUUAUGUAUUUAAGAAUAAAGCUCUCUAUAUUCUA